AAUCAACUUGUUUGUAUUGUUGAUUUUUAAGAAAUUGUUCAUAAUCAGAAAAUUAGUUGAACACGUUUUUGUAUAGAGAAAUGAAUUAUUCAAGUUUACAAAGACUUUGGGGAUUCUUUCUUGUUACAUUGUUGUUAUUGAUAAUUGUCAAAAGUGAAACUAUAUUACCUGUUAAGGAAGAUAUCUCAUCAAUAAAUUCAUUGACGCCGACUACAGUUUAUUCAGAAUGUCCUUAUGUACGGGCUCUUUCAGAACAAAAAAAAGAGAAAAUGGAAAACGAAAGCAAUAGAAUAACAAAGCAAGUAUUUUCAUUUCUUUUCCCUGGAAGUCCGCGUGUUAACUCCCUUCUUGGUACAUUUUAUAUUUCUUCGAUACCAAAUUUCAUAUUAUAUUUCGUACCGCCUGAUAUUCAACCUUCAUCAUUAAAUUCAUUAGUUAGUUUUGCAGUAGGAGGAUUAUUGGGUGAUGUAUUUUUACAUUUAUUGCCUCAUUCAUUUUUAGGAGAGAAUAAUGAUGAUGAAGUGCAUUUUGUACAAGUGGAAGAACGAAAGAAUGUUGUGAUUGGGUCAGCAAUCUUUGUGGGAUUAUCAUUAUUUUUUGUCAUUGAUAAAUUAAUGAGAGUCGCAAAUGGAGGAGAAGGAGAACAUUCACAUGCACAUGAUAUGAAAGAAUAUAAACAUGAACAUCGGCAACAUGAUGACAUGGGUAAAACAACAGCUACAAAAGAUAAUUCAUCAAUAAUUCGACAACGAACAUCCGCUAAUAAAGUAAUGAACGAAGAAAAAAAUGAAACUUCUAAGCAACAAUCAAACAGUAUAAAAUUAUCAGCGUAUCUCAAUCUAAUAGCAGAUGCAACUCAUAAUUUCACGGAUGGAUUAGCGAUGGCUGCAUCUUUUUACUCAUCACCAAGUAUUGGAGCAACUACAACUGUCGCUGUUUUCUUUCACGAGAUACCUCAUGAGAUAGGUGAUUAUGCAAUAUUGAUUCAAAGUGGUUUCACUAAGAGACGUGCCAUGCUUUCUCAAUUCAUAACAGCAAUCGGAGCUUUCCUUGGCACUUUAGCUGGUAUUGCUAUUGAAGAAUAUAGCAGGGGUGUACAUGAUAGUAAUAAUAAUACUAAAGAUAUGGUUGAUAUUAAUGCAUCUGAAGGUAUUUUUGGUACUGGUGUUGUAUUAAGUGAUCUAGUUAUACCAUUUACUGCUGGUGGAUUCUUGUACAUUGCUACUGUUGGUGUUAUUCCUGAAUUAUUAGAAAUUAAUGGGAAAUUAUCUAGGAAAAUUAGACUUAAACAAGCCAUGACCGAAUUUUUAGCCAUGUUUAUUGGUAUUUCUAUGAUGGCAGUUAUUGCCUGGAAUGAAGGUGUAUGAAUUGUCAUUAUAUUAAAUUAAUACUUUAUAUAACUACUAUAGACUCUGGAAGAUUAGAUUAUUAGAAAUUUGAUUGUAGUAACUCGUGUUUAUUUAUUUAUUACGUCACAUGUUCAUUAUUUCUUUGUUAUCUUCAAUAAAGAGAGGACAAGUUACAUGCCUUAUUUAUGACUUAUUAGUAUACAAAAGAUCUUCUGUUUUCUAAAAUUAUGAUAAAU